ACAAAACACAUUCUCGCAAUAAAAGCAUUCCACCGGUGUUUUGUGAUCAAGAUCGAAGCGGUUCAACCACGGCCGGGCACACCUGAGAUUGGAUUGUAGGCAAAAAGGAUAGUUUGAAUUGGGUUGACCCUAUUGCGUAUGGGGCUACGGAGUGGAUUGGCACUUGGAGCUACUGCGACCACAAUCAUCCUACGAUCACAUCGUUUCUUUGCCCGGCAUAAUUUCCCAUUUCGGCUUGUCAGUCACUCAUCAUCAUCUCUCGUUACCUCAUCACAAACCAUCUCCUCAACUCAAGCCGCCGGCAGCAAGUUACCAUGGCAACCACCCAACCCACUGACUUAUCCCAAUUCCUCAUCCCAAACGAUGUACCCAUUGUAACCCUGGAGUGUAAGAAAGCCUUUCAGGCGCUCACCUCGAAGGAGAAGAAGUACGCCCAUUAUUUGGCCAAGGCAUCUUGGUGUGGAGGGCUGAUUUGUCUCUUCCAGACAUCCCCGGAAGCUCCCCUCAUCUUCCUCCUCUUGCAGAAACUGUUCAAGGCAGAGGAUGUUACGGUCUUGAAAGAGAAGGCAUUAAAAGCUGGCUUGAUUGAUGAUGAGUUUCAGGCAUUUUUGACCUAUGCAGCCGCCUUCUUUGCAAACCUUGGAAACUACAAGUCGUUUGGUGACACAAAGUUCAUUCCUGGUUUAUCAAAGGACAAGUUAGUUUCUCUAGUGAAGGCCAGUGCAGCGUACACAUCAGACUCUUCAUCUCUUGAUGAGCUGAUCUCACUAUGUGGAGAUGCCAUCUACUCACUCUCCAAGAAGGAGCAGCAGUUGGGGCUGGGAGAUGAUGGAAUUACAACCUACUUUUCAGGUAACUGUACUAUGGCAGAUGCUGAGUUUGCUAAGAGGUUUAUGGUAGAGAAGAACAUUGAUGCAUACAAUACUCGUCUCUUCAAGACCCAAGAUGGUGACGGCAAGGUUGUAUAUGAAGUACGUCUUGCAUCAUCUCAAACUGGCACAGAAGAUGGUGAUAGCUUGAAGCUUGGAGCUUAUACCUUCGAGGGUCUCGCGGUAAACGUGACCAGGGGUGACUAUUCAAAGUUGAUGAAGCUAGUGUCUGAUAAUCUACUCAAAGCAAAGGAGUUUGGGGCCAAUGAUCAUGAAAAGAAGAUGCUUGAGUUAUACGCACGUAGCUUCACCACGGGGUCACUACAAGAUCACAUGGAUGGGUCUAGGAGCUGGAUUAAAGACAAGGGACCAAUCGUAGAACACUACAUUGGCUUCAUUGAGACGUAUAGAGAUCCCUUUGGUAUGCGUGGAGAAUGGGAAGGUUUUGUGUCAAUGGUCAACAAGGAGAUGAGCGCAAAGUUUGGCAAUCUAGUCGAGAAUGCAGAGAACUUUCUACCCUUACUACCAUGGCCCAAGGCCUAUGAGAAAGACGUCUUUCUUAAACCGGACUUCACCUCACUUGAUAUCCUGAGCUAUGCAUCUAGCGGCAUACCAGCAGGCAUCAACAUUCCAAACUAUGACGAUAUACGUCAAGAUGAGGGUUUUAAGAAUGUGUCUCUCGGUAACGUCUUAUCUGCACAUACUAAAGACCAGAAGGUUACAUUCCUGACUAACGCUGACAAGGAGCUGUACAGCACUCUCAAAGCCCCGUCCUUUGAGGUACAAGUUGGACUUCAUGAACUGUUGGGUCAUGGAAGCGGAAAACUCUUUAUCAAAGAUGAAAAGCAGAACUUCAACUUUGACAUUGAGAAUGUCAAACACACUGAAACAGGAGAGAAGAUCCAGAGCUGGUAUGAAGCAAACGACAACUAUGACAGUAAAUUCCCGAUCAUAGCUUCGUCAUAUGAAGAAUGCAGAGCAGAGUGUGUUGGUUUAUAUCUGUGUCUCAACAAGAAUGUACUCCAGAUUUUUGGUCAUGAAGGUAGUGCAGCUGAUGACAUCAUUUACAUCAAUUGGCUGAAUAUGGUUCGUGCAGGUCUACUGGCUUUAGAGUUCUUCACCCCAGAGUCUAAGACAUGGAGACAGGCCCACAUGCAAGCUCGUUACGUCAUCCUGCGUGUUUUACUGGAGGCAGGUAAUGGACUGGUUACCAUUCAAAAGAGCACCGGUGAAGACGGCUCCCCCGAUGCGACUGUGUUGUUAGACAGAGGAAAGAUAGACACAGUGGGGAAAGAAGCGAUCAAGAACUUUCUCAGGAAGCUUCAGGUAUUCAAGGCAACUGGUGAUUAUCCGAGUGCAAAGGCCAUGUAUGACGGAUACUCUGCCGUUCAAGACGACACACAAGAGAAAUUCUUGUCUCUGAGAGAGGUAGUCUUGUCAAGGAAGCUACCUCGACGGAUGUUUGUUCAAGUCAACACUAAAACUGAUGCAGAUGGUGAGGUAGUUCUUUGUGAUUACGAACCAACCGCAGCAGGGAUAGUCCAGUCUUUCGUCGAGCGUUUCACCGGGAGUGAUUUCGAGCUUAUAGUCAGGGCCUUGUGGGAUAAAGACAGAGCACAGUUCUACUAAGUACUACACGAUUCAAUCCGUGUAGCAUUCCAUGGGACCGUUUGACAUCCAAGCAUGUAAAGUUUUCUUAAAACAAAAGUGCCAUUAAAUGUGCAUUAAUCGGAACUGGUUCACUGGCUAUUGUUUCUGUGCAAAUAAAUCUCCCAAGUACAACUUAUUAAAGUGGAGUCCUUUCAGGGUGUGCAGACACCGGUAAAAUUGAAAAUAUAUACGAUAACAGGUUUGAUAUAGUUAUAUACCAUAAACUAUCCUGUUAACAUUUCAUUGUAAAAGGUGGUAGCAUUUUUGAGAUGUUGUCGAAACUCUGGAGCAGUUAUGUCCACACAGGAAGAAGACUCUGCAGUUGGAAUACACAAUCUGAGAAAAAUUACAGCAGUAACGCUUCUCAUGAUAAAAAAGUAAAAUCUUUUUCCAUAAGCGCAGUUUCCAAAAUGCAUUAUACUAUCCAAGGCUGCUUACCAAGUAAGUGUUUAUUGCCAUUAAUUUACAGAGUCAUUAUCAAACGUAUACAGACCCUUUAUUUUAUGUGGCGUCUAGUUAACAUUUCACAUUUAAGCCAAAGUUCACCAUCAUGCGCCUUAGGCACUCUAAUUUUUUGGUUUUUAGGGUUCUAUUUAAUGUAUAGCACCCUACCUAUGUACAGGGUUUUAUAAUACCACUGUUGGUGGAGGGAAUCACACCAGGCCAUGAUUCAUUAUUACUCAGUAAUAAAUACUGGUUGCAUCAAGACAAUUGCAUUUGUCAAUUCAAAUUUAUUUUAGAAAAAGGUAAAAUUGUAAACGAAUUUGAAGUUUGAAAAUGUAUCUGCUAAACACCGAGAGUCUAUUAUGGAAAUAAACGACCACAGACAAGAGGAAGACAAAGAUACACAGUUAUUCAUCUGAAUACAUAGUAACUUUAUUAAAUCAAGGAAAACUGAACCAAAAUAACCGAGUAUUAUUAGCACAUGGCCUUAUAUGGGUCACCCGCAUUGAGUUUGGAAAGGCUAAAACACACACACACACACACACUAGAAAGGCAUAGUCCAUUGGCAAGUCGUGUACACCUUAAAAAUAAUAACAUACAAUAAAGCGACAGCAGAAUUUCCAUUUUUUUCAAGAUUCUAUCUACAGCUUCAUGCAAAAACCCCACUGCAUUCAUUCUAAUGUGGAAUUUUAGGGCAAGAAAACAUUCAACUUCAAUAUUGUUAGCAUUACCCUAAAAAAUAUACUAAGAAAGGUUAAAUAUUUAGCUCUGGUCUAACCAAGGGCUGUAAACCCAACAAAAGCCCUGUGACACUUGGACAUGAGAAUGUUGUCUGGUCAUUUUUGUGCUUUUUUUCAUGCUUUUUUUCAUGAUGCUAUUUGCCAUACAGACAAUUAAAUAAUUGGGAAAGUCUAUAUCGCAGGCUAGCAAAGAAAUUUGGCAUUUGGCAUAAGUUCUUAGUAAAAUGCCAAUCUAGCUGGGCCUGCCUGCUUAUCAUUUAAAAGGGUUGGAAUAUAAGGCGAAACCUACACACUGAAACUAGGCACUGUCAAGUAAAUCAUGUUACAGGGAAGGUGGGUGUAGUGAGAGUAUAUUAAGGAGUUUUUGUCAAUGACAAAUGGUUCUGCGACGGUAAUGAUGAAAUGUGGCUUCAUCUGCGCAUGUGUCGGCUUUGAGGACGGUCGUCCCUAAAUUUCUACGACAGGAUGAAUCUGCGUUGUGCUGAAACCGACAACGUUUGGAUGAACUAAUAAUAAUACCGUCGCAGAACCACUCGUCUUCGAAAAAAAAAAAUCUUCUGAAGCCACCUUAUUUAACCUGUUCUCACGCAAGUCACUUUGUGUACAUUGUCUAGAAAAGAAAUUAAAAAAACAAUGAGAGGCCACCAUCAUGAUUUAGCUGUUCCAAAAAAGGCAUCGUAUUUCUUGCUUUGGUGGGAGGAGGUGGCAAAAUAUAGCAGCCUUUUCACAAAACAAUUGUCUCGUAGUGGAAAAUAAAUAAAUUAAAAUGGAAAUUCUGCAUGUUAUUAUAAACAAUUCAUCUCUUACAUUUAAAAAAUCAAAAAAAUCUGCAAACUGACUCUACAGUAACUAUUUGUUAAAUAGUCUACAAAGUUACACUAGAAUUUGGACUACUAUGUACUUCAAAAUAAAAAAAAAACAGAAUAAGAAUCAUUUAACAGAGUUGCACAAAGUAACUUUGGUCUGAUAAUAAUUUCAAAAGUGUCCAGCUCUAUAGAAAUUACAAUUGAGCAUAAAUAGAUAAACCUGUGGGAAAGACAUGUAGCCAGCUUCAGUUGACACGUUCCACUGUAUUGUACAUGUAUGUACUUGAGAAAUAAUAAUAUAUAGGGUCCAUGUAACUGAAAUUUCUGACAUAUCUCUUGACACCAAAUGUGUAUUUACGGCAUGAUAUUUUUCAUAGUUUAGUCUGAUUUCUGAUUUGGUUGUCCUUGGAAAAAUCAGAACAAUGGUGAUUAAAUAGCCUGAACAGUUUAUUAGCGUACACCAUAAGUACACAGUACAACCACUGUACUCAAUAAAAUGUUCCAAUUAUUUUUUCCAAGGACCAAGUAUCAUGCCUGGUAUUUUCAUUUUAAUAGAAUAAUGUAUUGUUCAUUGUUAAUUUGACAUAAUAUGGAAGUAAUGAAUUGAGUUGAUACUAUGAAGGUACAUGUAUGGCAAUAAAUAUACAAGUAAACUACAUAUUUAUUUCA